GAGCUUUCUUCCUGUUUUUUGGUUUAAGAUUUAAGACAUAAUUACAAAGUAGCCCUGCGUUUAAGGGUUGUGAGCUUCAUUUCCUGGCCUGCUCUCCACUAACGGGCCGCAGGGAAGUGACAGGCUCCAGCUCCUCCCUCAGAGAGGAAGCACUCUCUCCUGUUCAGAUUUCAUCCUGACCCUGUCUCCAUACAAAGCAGUGGUGCCUCCUUCCUCCUGCUCUCAGCCAGCAUGGCUCUUGGGCUCUUUUGGCCCGUCUUUCUUGCUCUUACCUCAGCCAGAGGGAGCAGGGCUGAACUGCGAGUAGACAGAUCCCCACUGGAGCCCUACGACCGCCUGUUCAACACAGCAGUGGAGGCCUAUUACCGCAAUGACUGGCAAGGGGUGAUCCUCAACAUGGAGCGGGCUCUGCAAAACAAGGCGGCCCUGCGGCAGGCAAAGGUCCACUGUCAGAUGCACUGCAGUGAGGACGCAAAGUUCAGCAUCUCCAACAGCAGCCGGGACUUGUUCUUCGAUGCAAACUUCUUCGACACAGUGCUGAAGAAAGCCAACUGCCUGAAGGAGUGUGAGAAGGAGAAACUCGGACCCUACUCCAUGUACCAAAUCUCUGAGGAGCUACAACUGGAGUUUCAGAAGAGGACGCCCUAUAACUACUUGCAAGUGGCAUACUUCAAGAUUAAGAUGUUGGACAAGGCGGUGGCUGCAGCUCACACUUUCUACGUAACGAACCCAGAUCACCUGGAGAUGCGACAAAACCUGGAGUAUUACAAGAUGAUGGCUGGUGUGAAGGAUACUGAUUUCAAGGAUCUUGAAGCCAAACCCCAUAUGGAAGCUUUCCGUAAAGGAGUUCGGCUUUAUACGGACGAGCAGUUUAAGGAUUCAAUCAGUUUUUUAGAAAGCGCGUUGGUGGAGUACUUCAAAGCGAAUGCUGAGUGCCGAGCCCUUUGUGAGGGCCCAUACAACUUUGAUGGGUAUAAUUACAUGGAGUACAAUGCAGACCUCUUCCAGGCUAUUACAGAUCACUAUAUUCAAGUGCUGAACUGCAAACAGAACUGCGUGACUGAGCUGGCCACCCGGCCUGACAGAGAAGCCCCCGUUGAAGACUUCCUCCCCACCCAUUUUGACUACCUUCAAUUCGCUUAUUACAACUCUGAGAAUUACUCCCAGGCCAUUGAAUGCGCCAAGACCUACCUCCUUUUCUAUCCAAAUGAUGAAGUAAUGAAUCAGAACCUUCAGUACUACCAGGCUGUGCUGGGAGAAGAGUUGUCUGAAGAUCUCACGCACAGAGAGUGUAUUCAGACCUACAUCAACAACUCACUGCUGGAGAAAGAGCUGCUGUACUUUGCCAAUGAAAUCUUUGGAAUCACUUUUAUUGACCCGGAUAAGUGGACUCCAGAGAAUGUGAUACCAGUUAAACUCAAAGAAAAACAAAAGGCAGAAAGGGAAACUGCUGCCCGGAUCUCCGAAGAAAUUGGGAACUUGAUGAAAGAGAUUGAGAACUUGGUGGAUGAGAAAACCAAGGAAUCAUCUGAGCUUGUGAAGAUGGUGAGAGAGGGGGGUCCAUUGUUGUAUGACAAUGUCCAGGUUGUCAUGAACGCGCGGCUGCUGAAUGGAACUCAGAGGGUGCUGCUUGACGGUGUGAUCACGGACAAGGAGUGCGAGGAGAUGCGCUUCCUCUCCAACGCUGCAGCCUCAGUGGGCGAUGGUUACUAUGGAAAGCCUUCUCCUCACACACCCAAUGAGCAAUUCCAGGGAGUGACAGUACUCAAAGCAUUAAAGCUCAGUCAGGAGGGUAGGAUCCCACUUAAAACAUCCAAGCUAUUUUAUGACAUCAGUGAGAAAGUUCGAAGGAUCAUCGAGUCUUACUUCCGGCUGGAAAACCCACUCUACUUUGCCUACUCGCAUCUUGUCUGUCGGACUGCGGUGGAAGGAACACAGGAGAACAGGAAAGACCUGAGCCACUCUAUUCAUGUGGACAACUGCAUUUUAAACUCCGAAGCUCUGGUGUGUCGAAAGGAGCAUCCAGCUUACACCGAGCGAGAUUACAGUGCAAUCCUUUACUUGAACCAUGAUUUUGAAGGUGGAAACUUCAUAUUCACGGAAAUUGAUGCUAAAGUUAUUACAGCAACGGUGCAACCAAAGUGUGGCCGUGUGGUGGGCUUCUCCUCGGGAGAAGAGAACCCCCAUGGAGUCCAGGCCGUGACCAAGGGGCAGAGGUGUGGAGUGGCACUCUGGUUCACCCUGGACCCCCGGCAGAAGGAACGGGAGAGGAUCGAGGCCGAUGAGUUGGUGAAGAUGCUGUUUGGGAUGGAGGAGGAGCUGCAGCAGGAUGAGGGCGACAUCAAGGAGCCCGAGCCCGAUGACCAGCAGCCAACCGAAGCCCCAGCCGCUGUGCCCGCCAGCAAGCCGCACGCUCAAGGAGAAGUGAAACCCAACGAGGUCGCUCCAGGGGAACAGACCAAGGUGGAAGGACCAAAGGCAGAAAACAACGGAGACCCCAAGCCUACAGUAAAAACAAUGGACUCCAAUCAGGAGCUAGCAGAUCAGAGAACCACAGCAUCUCUGAAUAUGCCCUCUGCAAAGCAGGAACUGUAAUACUGCGUACAGCUACUCACAAUAGGGCCACUUGGUGCUUUGCAACCUGACACAAGGGCUGUUGGUUUUGCUGUGUAAUUAUUCCUGGUAAUUGUCUCCCAAAUUAGGAGCUCAAAAAUGUGGAUCUCCCUUUCUCCCUCUGCUGAUAUCCCCAUCCGGUUUGAUGGUACUGAUAGACCAGGCCGAGCAUCUUAUUCACUGAACUUCUCUCAUAAUCUGUUGCCUCAGGUGAUAUCCAUUCAGCACAUGACCCGAACCCCUAUAUGUGGGUCGUCAGUAGUGUGCAGAGUUGCCCCCAAGCACAUUAGCUCUCGCGGAGGGUGUGACGGUCAGACGCAAGUGGUCAGAGCUGCCAGUCACUGAUGUGCAACCUUGUCUAGCAGCAAAGCCCCAGAUCCACCUGAGCAGGUGCUGGAGCAGUUCCAGAUGACUUCCAUCUGCAUGGAUUGGGACCCCAGUCUUUUGAAGUGAAGGUGGAGUUUCUGUCAGUAUUUGCAGUCAAUGUAUUUAGAAGAGGGUUAAACUUCUGCCGCAUUGACUCGUCCUUGUCUGAUACACUCCUGCUUCCUGCUCAGUGUCUCUCAGCCACUUUCUUGUCCAUUUCUUUGCUCCAUUGUUCCCUAAUCCUCCACAGAAGCCUACAAAUUCCAGUAUCUGUAGUCUUUUGAGUCUCUGUCCUUGUUCUUUGCUCGCAACUCACUG